AUGCCACCAGCACCAGCUACCGCUUCGAAAGGAGCCAAGAAGGCUUCCAAGGCCAAAUCUUCACGUCCCGCAGGAGACAAGAAGCGUAAGAAGAAGAGGAAGGAAAGUUAUUCCAUCUACAUCUACAAAGUAAUGAAACAAGUCCACCCCGACACUGGUAUUUCCAGCAAAGCUAUGUCCAUCAUGAACAGUUUCGUCAACGAUUUGUUCGAAAGAAUAGCUUCUGAAUCCAGCCGCUUGGCCCACUACAACAAACGUUCAACCAUCAGUAGCCGUGAGGUGCAGACUGCUGUCCGUCUGCUUCUCCCUGGGGAGUUGGCUAAGCACGCCGUCUCUGAAGGUACCAAGGCUGUUACCAAAUACACCAGCAGCAAGUAAAUCUUGGUCUCUCGAGAAAACGGUCCUUUUAAGGGCCACCUAUAUUUUCGUGAUUGUAAACUAUCGAUUGUCUAUUGAUCUGCGAUUUUAGUUCGUUACUCACCGCAUAGAUGUGUUGCGCGAAGACGAUUCCGCUUUUUUUCCUUUCUAGUCAGCACCGUGCAUCUUGCCUUCUACACUAGCAACCAGCGAGCGAACUUGUCACUACCGUUACCGUAUUUUCCCGUGUAGCAGCCACUU